AUGGGGUCAGGGAAACUAGGGUCCUGGAACAUUUGUUCCCCGUAUUUUGGGUUUAAGAGGAUUGUAUUCAGGAGCAUUUUUUCAGAGGGCUGUAAAGGCCAUCCUAGGAAAGAAAAUACACUGGCAGUUCAAGCGCGUCCCUUUCGACGCUGCGAGACGAUGAAGCAAGACAUUGGCAUCGACCUCCUUGCCGACAAUCUGCCCAAGUACAUCGAUACUGAUGAGAUGGUAGACUUUGGGCAAGAUCUUAAGACCAUCGCCGUGGAGCGUUGCGCAAAGCUGCAGCAGCUGGCCCGCCGACUCGCAAUGAAUGGGGCAGCCAGUUGCGGCGGUUGA